AUGCGUCAAUAUUCAUCAUAUUGGUCGAUUGAAAAAUUCGCGAAAUCUGGUGAAGGUUACAAGACCGUGCGACAAUUGAAAGAACGUCGUCCAGCUCGCAAUAUUGAUCCUGUCCUAAUAACCACCAUGAACACGCCUGCCCCGGUCCAGCUUGUGCCACAAGAAGUCGUGCAGGCUUACUUGGAUCUGACGGCCCAUAACUCACCGUUCAAGAACAUUCCAAGAUACGUUCCAACUGACAUCAAGUAUUCCGGUUAUGGGUAUUAUAAUCCUCCAAUAUCAGAAAUACACCAAGUGGUACUCUUCCACUUGAAAGCUAAGGUCAACGGUACCGCAGAUCACACUUUCAAUUUCCUUGCAGCACAGCAGGCAAAGGAAAGUAAGGAAACUAAAGAAACUGAUCCAUUUACAUUGAAAUCACUUUCUGUUUGUCUCCCUAUAGUACUUGAUAAAAAAUACAUUGUGAUUCGUCGUCAAGCCAAAGCAGAGGCAGCUGAUAUAUUCACACCACAAGAAACAAAACAAGCUUUUAUUCAUCAAGAUAAUUUUUUCCAACAAACCAGAUUCAAGAAAAAUAACCUAGAGUUCAAACUAUCGAAAUACACCAGUUAUGAUCCUGAAAGUGUGUUAAUACUAAGGAUCAGAUAUCAAGUCUUGGAGCAUUUGGACGAAAGUGUUAUGCAUAUAUUUGAACACAUCAAAAAACCACAUCCAAUGAAGGUCAUAAGACUUUUCGAUUAUCCUGAAACUAUUUUCGACCAUAAUAAGGAAGAGUCAAAUCCAACCCGUCAGUUUUUCGUCAUUGCUAAAAGGCCUGCUGAUCAGAAAGAAGUUCCAAUUCCUGUAGAGUUCAAAGAGCCAAAUGUUAGAUGUAUGGUUAUUGAUACCAGUGGUUGGAAGUAG